UUGAGGCAAGACAAAUGAAAUUAAAUCAAAUGAGACACGAUCAAAUGCAACGGCAGCUUCUUCCGAGAAAGAAAGAGCACUUUAGUGCUUAAAAAGUCCUUUGAUUCACACCAUCAUUCGAUGCUGUUGUCCUGGACGGAAGAACUUCUGCUUCCUCUCCGCUCUGUACACUUUGUUUCGACCCUUCCGGGCACUCUUGUUUAAUCCUCUGCCGCUCACGAACAAAGCCAUGCACAUCGGAGAGCUCUUUCUUGGCGCCUUUCUCCAGGUGCUGUUCGAAAGGUUGGCCAAUCACGAGCUGCUCAACUUUGCGCAGCGCGAAGGGAUCGAUUCUCAGUUGGAGAAAUGGAAGACGAUGCUGGAGAGUAUCAAGGAGGUGCUGGAUGAUGCAGAGGAUAGGCAACUCACAGGCCAUCUCAGGGUUAAGUCGUGGCUCGAAGACCUCAGGAACUUGGCCUAUGAUAUCGAAGACUUGCUUGAUGAGUUCACCAUAGAAUCCGCUGAAAGCAAGUCCAAGGCAGAACCUGGCGCUAGCAAGGCACGUUCCUUUCUGCCCAGUUAUUUCUUCGAAGUGAGCCCAAGAGCAUGGAUGUCCAACCACGAAAUGAAAUCUAAGAUAGAGAAUAUGGAUAACAGAUUACAGAAGAUCAUAGCUCGUAAAGAUGGCCUGAGCCUGACAGAGAACAAGGGGAAGCGAUCAGCAUAUCGCCAGCUAGAUAAGUCGAUUCCCACUACGAAUUUGCCAGAGCCUUAUUUCGUUAGUAGGGAGGAUGACAAAAGGGAGAUCCUCAAAUUACUGACCGGAGAAGAAGACGAUAGAGCAUGUGUGGAUCUAAAAGUGAUUGCCAUUGUAGGUAUGGGUGGUGUUGGAAAGACGGCUCUCGCUCAGCAAGUUUACAAUGAUGCUAGAGUCACCGACUAUUUCGAUGUCAAAGCAUGGGCUUGCAUUUCCGAUGAUUUUGAUAUGCCCGCUAUUACAAAGAGUAUCCUCUAUAAAACCAACUCCACUUUGUCCUGUGAAGAAAAGGACUUUGACUGGCUACAGGAUAAGCUCAAGGAAAACCUUUUGGGGAAGAAGUUUCUUGUCGUUUUAGAUGAUAUUUGGAACAAAAAUCCUGGAAAGUGGGCUAAAUUCUUGAAGCCUUUUAGAUCGGGAGCAAAGGGAAGCAAGAUCAUUGUCACCACUCGUGAUUCUCACAUUGCUAAAAUAACCCAUGCUAAAGUGUAUCCUCUCAAAGAGUUGUCACAAGAUGCUUCUAUGACUUUGUUGGCAUUUUAUGCUCUUGGAGUCGAAAAUUUCGAUCAUCAUCCCAAUCUUAAAGUAUUAGGUUGGAAAAUUGCAGAAAAAUGCGGAGGGUUGCCAUUAGCUGCGACGACAUUGGGCGGGCUGCUAAGCUCUUAUGUCAGUCCCCAUGAAUGGGAAGAUGUAUUGGAGAGCAAAAUUUGGGACCUACCAGAACAAAAUAAUGACAUCCUUCCGGCUUUGAAACUUAGCUACCUCCAUCUCCCUUCCAAUCUGAGGAGAUGUUUUGCUUACUGUGCUAUAUUUCCCAAGGACUAUGAGAUCGAACGGGAUGAGUUGAUUCAUUGGUGGUCUGCAGAGGGCUUGUUGGAGGGAGAACAACGAAAGAGCCGUUGGAAUGCAGGUUUGAAUUAUUUCAACGAGCUAAUAUCUAGAUCGUUAAUUCAAAAGUCAGGUAGCGAUGAGUCACAAUUUUUUAUGCAUGAUCUUGUGAAUGACCUGGCAAAGCUAGUUGCAGGUGCAACUUAUUUUGACUUGGUCGAGUUUGAGGGUGAUGACAGUACUGCAUCUUUAGCUCGUCACGCCUCAUUCAUUUCCGGCGAAUGCAUUCUGCCAGAAAAAUUCAAGAUAUAUCAUGGAAUGAAGGGACUUAGGAGCUUCAUAUCAUUAAAUAAAUCACAGGUCUAUGUGUCUCAAAAGGUGCUAUGUGACUUGUUGUCAGCAUCGAAGUACUUGAGGGUACUUUCAUUAAGUCAAUACCAAAUCACAGAAGUACCGGAAUCCAUUGGCAAACUGAGGCACCUAAGGCACCUUAAUCUAUCGUAUACUUGUAUUAAAAAGCUUCCAAAUUCAAUUGUUACAUUGUACAACCUAGAGGCUUUGAUAUUGAGGGGCUGCAAAAACCUUGUUGAAUUACCAGAAUGUAUUGAAAAACUGAUCAAUCUGAAAUUUAUCGACAUUACCGACACUGAGAGACUAGAAGCGAUGCCGCUGUAUAUAGGUAAUUUGGUGGGUCUUGAGAUGUUGUCUAAGUUCAUAGUGGGAACGAGAAAUGACUCAAGGUUGACGGAGUUACAAAACCUAGAGAACCUUGGAGGGGAAUUGUGCAUCUCUAAUUUGCAUAUGGUUCAAGAUGCCCAAGAUGCCGCCGAUGCCAAUUUACGCACGAAGAAGGGAAUAUGUCGAUUGACCAUGCAGUGCAGUAGAGAUUUUGAAAAUAUCCGGAAUGAGGAGCUUCAAGCAAAGGUCCUCAAAUUUCUUCGACCUCACCAAAACCUUGCAAAUCUCAGAAUUUCCUACUACGGUGGCCUAGAAUUCCCAUCGUGGUUAGGAUGUCCCUCAUAUGCUAACAUAGUGCAGUUACGUUUACACGGGUGUCAGAGGGUCAAAGCAUUACCAUCGCUCGGGCAGCUAUCUUUCCUGAAAGAUCUAUACAUCGAAGGUUUAAAUGCAAUAUGCACAGUAGGGUUUGAAUUUUAUGGAAGUAAAAGUCCUUUUCCAUCCUUAAUAACUUUGGAAUUCAAGGAUAUGCCAUUAUGGAAGGACUGGUCUCAUUGCGUCGGCACCGAAGAAAUAGGAGUUAUAUUCCCUCGUCUGGAGCAUCUCGUCAUUCGGCACUGUCCUACGUUGGUCAGAAGAUUGCCUAGUCAAUUAAGCUCCCUCAUAAAGCUUGAAAUCUACUCUUGUCCGUGUAUGGAUGCAUCGUCCUCUAUCACGAGCCUUCCAUUUCUCAAUGAAUUAGACUUUGGAGGUUGUAAUGUGGGGGUGUUGAAGAGUUUGGUAAGCCUAGCAUCUCCUACUGCACUUGCCAUAGAUGAUGUUUCUGGUCUGACUUGCUUAAAUCAUGGGUUUACAAGCUCCUUGACCAAGCUGGAGAAGUUGACGAUCGAAAGUUGUACAGAGUUAAUAUACUUGUGGCGAGACAGAGAUGUAAUUCGGAAUCUCGCCUGUCUGAAGAGCUUGCUUGUCGGAAAUUGUCCGGAAUUAAGAUCUUUUGUCGCUGGAGAAGGAGAUAUAGAGCUGGCUGGCAACCUCGAGACUAUCGAAUUGACAAAUUGCGUCAAUUUAGCAAAGCUCCCAAGCAAGAUGCACACCCUCUCCUCUCUUAGAAGCUUGACGAUCUAUGAUUGUCCGAAACUCAUGUCCUUUCCCGGAACUAGUAUUCCUACAUUAGCGAUAUCAUUAAACAUCAGCCAGUGCGAGAUGUUGCAAUCUCUACCCAGAGGAGGAUUAAGUGUUCAUACGGAUGAACCAAGCAGCAGCGGUAGCAAUACCCACGGUGAUAGUAUCUCUUGUCUGCAAGACUUAAGAAUCUCCCGGUGCCGUUCUCUGCCAGCCUCUCCAUUCAGCGAUGGUAGAUUUUUACCUGCCACCCUCAAGAGACUUGAAAUUAAGGAGUGCAGGGGAGUGGAGUCGCUCGCAGAGAUAAAUGUAGACGGUCUUCAGUCGCUUCAAGAGAUUGCAAUUUGGGAUUGCGAGAAUUUGAGAAGCUUACCCCAGGGCCUACACACACUGUCCCGUCUCACUUCAUUUGAUUUGUUGGCAUGUCAUGCUUUGGAGCUGGAUUGCUUCCCUCCUCUUCCUCCCAGCAUCUCAAACUUUCGUCUUUGGAAUUGUCCGAAGAUAAAAUCAUUACCUAAUCGGUUGAAUCGACUCACAUGUCUCCGUCAUCUGGAAAUUCACUCGUGUGAGAGUAUUACGUGCUUCCCCGACGGAGGAUUGCCGCCCCGACUACAGUCACUUGUUUUAUGGAAUUGCGGGAAUAUAAAGCAGCCUGUGGGGGAGUGGCUUACCCCUCUUACCUCCCUUGAACGGCUGUUGAUCAGAGGCAGCGUUGGAGGAGCGGGAGAGGAGGAGGAUCUCGUGCUUCCGCUCCCUCCCUCUCUGCUCGAUCUCCAUAUCUCUGGUAUGGGGAGAGUGGAAAGACUGUCCAGCAGUCUCCCUCCCUCUCUACGGAUGUUAUGGAUCCAUGAUUGCCCGAAGCUGAGGGAGUUGCCCCAGGAUGGCCUCGCUCCCUCCCUAGAAAAACUCUGGAUCGAAGGAUGCGGGAUUCUGGAGGAGCGAUGCAAGAAAGGGACCGGCUGCUAUUGGCCCCUCAUCCGCGAAAUCCCAUCACUUUUAUUAAAGGGUAUAAUUAACUGAGCUGGCUCUUUGAAAAGGGGUUCGUAUUUUAGGUCCAAAAUUAUGCCACUUAAAAAAAAAUGUGUGUUUUAAUUUUGGCAGGUGAGGAUGAGGAUGAGGACGAGGAUGAGGACGAGUACGAGGAUGAGGAUGAACUAGGGGCGUGUCAAGAAUAAACCCCCCUUCAUCAUCGUCUCCUUCCCCGCCUUUGUUGUGCGCACCUCAAUCACCUCCUCUGCUUCGGCUCUCCCACUCCGUCGUCCUCACCUCGAUCUCGAUCUCGAUCUCGUGAAGAUUUCUGUGCCUCCAUAUAUAACAUUAAAAUCAGGUAUGAUCGAUCUUUCCACUUACUACUCUUCUACUCGUGGUCACUUUCUCUUCUCAGAUUUGGCAUCACUUCCCCCGUCCAUUGAAAUGCUUUUGCGUGAUUUCAUCCAUCCAGCAAAAAUGUCAUAAAAAAAUCUGGGAUGUUAUUAACGGAUUGUUGCAUUUGAAUCAGUGACUUCGCCAUGAGAAGAUGCUGAAGGGGAAACCUGGAUGUGAGAUUGGUCCUCAUUGUAGAGAUGAAGGGAGAUGCCACUGCAAGCUUGGUUCUUAAGUUCUUGAAUUUUGUGGAAGCUUUCCCAUGAUUAGUUGGUUCUCAAAUUAUUCACGGGGAUAGUACAGACACAAAUGAAGGUGUUUCGUGGACUGGGUAGCGCUCAAUGAAAUCUUUGCCCAUUGUUCAUUUUGAUAACUUUUCAUAUUCUGCUUCAUGGAAUCAAAGAUGCAUAGCCCUGGAGUCGCUGGUUGGCAAAGUUUAAAGGGCCAAAGUAUCUGCUGUAUUUCGUAACUCUCAUUGCCUGCUGCUAGGUCUAGAGAGUUGGUCUCCAUCCAAGCUGCUGUUUGUGGUGUGAAUUUUCCUAAUUCCUCAGCUGCAGAGAAUGUUGUAUGCACAGCUUCUUCAACUGGUUGCCUCAACUCUUUUGUUGCUUUGGAAAUUGUCAGAAACAAGAAUGCUCGGGAAAUUGGCAGAGACUUGUGUGGUUAUUUUCUAAUGUACCAAGACUUGGCUUUAAUUCUUGGUUAGUAAUACAUGAUAAACUCCAUACUUUUGAGUUGAUUAACUGUUGGUCUGUUGGGAGAACAAGAUCUCUCUGCUUGUUCUGUAAUCUAAGCAUUGAUUGUCGUUCUCAUCUAA